AUGUCCUCGAUGUACGUGGUCAAGCGCGACGGGCGGAAGGAGCCCGUCCACUUCGACAAGAUCACCGCGCGGAUCACCAAGCUCGCGUACGGCCUCAACAACGAGUUCUGCGAGCCGGUCGUGGUGGCGCAGAAGGUCACUGCGGGCGUGUACAAGGGCGUCACCACCGCGGAGCUCGACGAGCUCGCGGCCGAGACCGCCGCCGCGAUGACUGCGUCCCACCCCGACUACGCCACCCUCGCCGCCAGGAUUGCCGUGUCGAACCUGCACAAGAACACGCUCAAGUCGUUCUCCCAGACCGUGGACCUCAUGUACCACCACAAGAACGCGAAGAACGGCCAGCCCGCGCCGCUGGUCUCGGACGAGCUGCACCAGAUCGUCAUGGCCAACGCCGACCGGCUGGACGGCGAGAUCAUAUACGACCGCGACUACGACUACGACUACUUUGGGUUCAAGACGCUGGAGCGGUCGUACCUGCUGCGGAUCAACGGCAACGUGGUGGAGCGGCCGCAGCACAUGCUGAUGCGCGUGGCGCUGGGGAUCCACAUGACGGACCUGGAGUCGGCGCUGGCGACGUACCACCUGCUGAGCGAGCGGUGGUUCACGCACGCGUCGCCGACGCUGUUCAACGCCGGGACCGCGCGCCCGCAGCUGUCGUCGUGCUUCCUGAUCUGCAUGAAGGACGACAGCAUCGAGGGCAUCUACGACACGCUCAAGGAGUGCGCGAUGAUCAGCAAGUCGGCGGGCGGCAUCGGGCUCAGCAUCCACAACAUCCGCUCGACGCACUCGUACAUCCGCGGGACGAACGGGACGUCGAACGGCAUCGUGCCCAUGCUGCGCGUGUUCAACGACACCGCGCGCUACGUCGACCAGGGCGGCGGCAAGCGCAAGGGCGCCUUUGCCAUCUACCUCGAGCCGUGGCACGCGGACGUGUUCGACUGGCUGGAGCUGCGGAAGAACCACGGGAAGGAGGAGCAGCGCGCGCGCGACCUCUUCUACGGCCUCUGGGUGCCGGACCUCUUCAUGCGCCGCGUCGAGGCCAACGGCGAGUGGAGCCUCUUCUGCCCGCACGAGGCGCCCGGGCUCGCGGACUGCUGGGGCGAGGAGUUCGAGGAGCUGUACGCGCGGUACGAGCGCGAGGGCCGCGCGAAGAAGACCGUCAAGGCGCAGCAGGUCUGGUUUGCCAUCCUGGAGGCGCAGACCGAGACGGGCACGCCCUACAUGCUCUUCAAGGACUCGUGCAACCGCAAGUCGAACCAGCAGAACCUCGGCACGAUCAAGUCGUCGAACCUGUGCACGGAGAUCAUCGAGUACACCUCCAAGGACGAGACGGCCGUGUGCAACCUGGCCAGCAUCGCGCUGCCCCGGUUCGUGCGCGAGCGCGGCGCGGAGUCGCAGCGCACGAAGCUGCUCGGCUCGCUCCAGGCCCCGAACCGCUUCUUCGACUUCGACAAGCUGGCCGAGGUCACGCGGCAGGUCACGCGGAACCUGAACAAGAUCAUCGACGUCAACUUCUACCCCGUGGAGACCGCGCGGCGGUCCAACCUGCGCCACCGCCCCAUCGGGCUCGGCGUGCAGGGCCUCGCGGACGCCUUCAUCCUCCUCGGCCUGCCGUUCGACUCGCCCGAGGCCGUGCAGCUGAACAAGGACAUCUUCGAGUGCGUGUACCACGCGGCGCUGACGGCGUCGUGCGAGAUCGCGGAGCGCGACGGGCCGUACUCGACGUACGAGGGGUCGCCCGUCUCGAAGGGCGUGCUGCAGUUCGACAUGUGGGGCGUCAAGGAGAGCGAGCUCUCGGGCAAGUUCGACUGGGACAGCCUGCGCGCGCGGAUCGCGCAGCACGGCGUGCGGAACUCGCUGCUCGUCGCGCCGAUGCCGACGGCGUCGACGUCGCAGAUCCUGGGCAACAACGAGUGCUUCGAGCCGUACACGAGCAACAUUUACGUGCGGCGCGUGCUCUCGGGGGAGUUCACCGUCGUCAACCAGCACCUCCUCGCCGACCUGACCUCGAUGGGCCUCUGGACGCCCGAGCUGAAGAACCACCUCAUCGCGGAGAACGGCUCGGUGCAGAACCUCGACAUCCCCCCGCACCUCAAGGACCUGUACCGCACCGUCUGGGAGAUCAAGCAGCGCGCGCUCGUCGACAUGGCCGCCGACCGCGGCGCCUUCAUCGACCAGAGCCAGUCCUUCAACGUGCACAUGUCGGACCCCAACUUCGGCAAGAUUACCUCGCUGCACUUCCACGCCUGGAAGAAGGGCCUCAAGACGGGCAUGUACUACCUGCGGACGCGCGCCGCCGCGGACGCCAUCAAGUUCACCGUCGACGCGCAGGCGCUCAAGAAGACGCAGAGCACGCUGGCGGCCGGGGCGCAGGGCGGGGCGGCCAAGCAGGAGGAGGAGCGCGCGGCGAUGGUCUGCUCGCUCGCCAACAAGGACGAGUGCCUCAUGUGCGGCGCGUAG